UAAUCCUUUCAUCUACCCUUUCGGGUGUUAGGAAGAUUGCCGCUGGAGAGGCUAAGUAACUUGCCCUAGGUCGCAGAACUUAAAUGGCAGAAUUUAAGGUUCGCACCAGGUCUCUCUGGAUCUAAAGCUCUUUGCUUAAGUCCCAUCACCUUUCUCAAACCUUAACCUAAGAGAGGACAGGCGCUGGGGACCACAGUCAUUUUUUUGCCCAGCGGUGCCUACACGCGCUGCAACCCCGCCUCGGCUGCCCUGGCGCCGACACAUCGGUCGGGCCUGUUCAAACAACGAGCCCGGGGCCCUCCGCCGAUCCAUCUCGCUGCUCUUCUUUUCCGCUUUCUCCGGCCCUUUUCCAGGGACAGACAGACGGCGCGCGUCAUCGCCAAGGCUGCUGGGCGGGCUCCUGGGAAAGGUGGUGCUGCUGCUGCUGCCUGAUUCCAGCCGACAGACCUUGGGACCGGGGCCGGCGCUGGAGGCUGGAGAUGGCGGACACGAGAUCCGUGCAUGAAACCCGGUUUGAGGCGGCGGUGAAGGUGAUCCAGAGUUUGCCGAAAAAUGGUUCAUUCCAGCCAACAAAUGAAAUGAUGCUCAAGUUCUAUAGCUUUUAUAAGCAGGCAACUGAAGGACCCUGUAAACUAUCAAGGCCUGGAUUCUGGGAUCCUAUUGGAAGAUAUAAAUGGGAUGCUUGGAGUUCAUUGGGUGAUAUGACCAAAGAGGAAGCCAUGAUUGCAUACGUUGAAGAAAUGAAAAAGAUUCUUGAAACUAUGCCAAUGACUGAAAAAGUUGAAGAAUUGCUACAUGUCAUUGGUCCGUUUUAUGAAAUUAUAGAAGACAAAAAGAGUGGCAGAAGUUCUGAUUUAACCUCAGUCCGAGUGGAGAAAAUCUCUAAAUACUUAGAAGAUCUUGGUAAUGUUCUAACUUCUACACCAAAUGCCAAAACUCUUAAUGGUAAAGCUGAAAGCAGCGAUAGUGGAGCUGAAUCUGAGGAAGAAGAGGCCCAGGAAGGCGUGAAAGGAGCAGAACAAAGUGAUAGCGAUAAGAAAAUGAUGAAGAAAUCUGCAGACCAUAAGAACUUGGAAAUCGUUGUCACUAAUGGCUAUGAAAAAGACAGCUUUGUUCAGGGUGUACAGAACGACAUUCAUGCCAGUCCUUCCCUGAAUGGCAGAGGUGCUGAGACAGUAAAAUCUGCAGAUCAAAACUUGGAGCAAACGGAAGAAACUGCUGUCUGCGUUCACCAAGAUGUAAAUGAUGAUCAUGUUGAAGAUGUUUCAGCAAUUCAGCAUUUGACGAGUGAUUCAGACAGUGAAGUAUACUGUGAUUCCAUGGAGCAAUUUGGACAAGAAGAGUCUUCAGAUAGCUUUACGUCAAACAAUGGACCAUUUCGCUAUUACUUGGGUGGUAAUCCCAGUCAGCCCUUGGAAAGUUCUGGUUUUCCUGAAGAUGUUCAAGUAUCUCCUGGGAAUGGCAACAGGGGAGACACACAGGCGGCAGCAGUGGAAGGCAAAGGUGAAGUAAAGCACGGAGGAGAGGAUGGCGGGAAUAACAGUGGAGCGCCGCACCGUGAGAAACGGGCUGGAGAAAGUGAGGAAUUCUCUAACGUCAGGAGAGGGAGAGGGCACAGGAUGCAACAUUUGAGUGAAGGAAGCAAAGGUCGGCAAGUGGGAAGUGGAGGUGAUGGGGAACGCUGGGGUUCAGACAGAGGGUCGAGGGGCAGCCUCAACGAGCAGAUCGCUCUCGUGCUCAUGCGCCUGCAGGAAGACAUGCAGAACGUCCUUCAGAGACUCCACAAACUGGAGACGCUGACGGCAUCGCAGGCAAAAUCAUCAGCAUUACAGACCAGUAAUCAGCCCCCUUCGCUGAGACCAUCUUGGUGGCCCUUCGAGAUGUCUCCUGGUGCAUUAAUCUUUGCUAUCAUGUGGCCUUUUAUUGCCCAGUGGUUAGUGCAUUUAUAUUACCAAAGAAGGAGAAGAAAAUUGAACUGAAGAAAAUAUUUUCCUGAAGAAGACUACUGGGCCUGGAUGACCUCGGGAUGAAAUAGAUUGUGGAGCUCACACGAAACUCCUAGUUUGUGAUGAUUACAUUUCUUUUUGUUGUCCAGUA